AUGACGCUGCAAGAGAUCUCCCCGAAGUGUGUGUACUCGCGCGAUCUGCUGAAUCAGCUCGCGGCAUGGUGCCCGACAUUAGAGACGGAGCUGUGCAAGCGGUGCGCCGAGCAGACACUGUUCGUCCAGACGGCGAGGGCGACGCAGCGCCCAGACGUAGAGCAGGUACCAGAGCGGUCUCUGCAGCAGGACUUCCCCCGAGGUCUGCGCUUCGUGAAUUGGCAGGCUGCUGUUCCGCUGGGUCUUACAGUUACCGCCUAUCUCGACGCAAGUGGCGACUUGCGCGGGCCUGGGAUGCGGGUCGCUAAGUGCGCAAGGCGACUUCCAGUCCGGCUGACGAUGGAGCAUGCGGGAACAAUGGCGGGCUUCGCGUGGGACGCUCUCGUGCAGGCACUGCUGGCUACGUCCGUCGCCGCUGCCGUGAUGCUCGUGGCGCCACGCCUGCUGAUGGAGGUCCAGGCGAUCAAGCCGGCCGUGCCAGCCCAGUGCCAGAACGCGCGGGGGGCGGCCGCCGUCGUCCUGGCGCGCGUGCCAAGGCUGGGGCGCAAGCAGAUCAACAGCCUCAUGCUCGCAGCCCUGGUCGCGGAGCUGCUGCUCGGCUGCUGCCAGCCCCGCGCGCUGGCGGGGCUGCUGUGCGCGGCGCUGCGCGGGAC